AUGAAGCAUGAACCUUCGCAAGUGUUGGCGUCGUUUAUCAUCGGCAAAGUUGAGAGUGUCGCAUUGAACUGCGAAUUUAGCGACGACGUUCGUCUGAGCAUUUCCAGAGAGGGUGAAGGCGAUAAAGACGAAGAUUUUGAUUUUGCCGUACACGUAACAGGGCUUGUCGUCUUUAACUUAGACACCGGCGACAGGGAUGAACUGGAGGAGAAUGAAGGCGAAGAGAUGUCGAGCGACGAUUCCGAGCCAGAGGAAGAGGAAGAGGACUCGCUCUCGUGGUCGAGCGACACAACCACCGACGAAGAAAAAGGUAGAGAAGAAGCGGAAGGAGAUACUCGCGCAAUUCGGUGUCUGAGCAAAGCUCCCGCGCACUUACACAUAACAUCGAAGGAAUGGAAAUACGAGCACGAAGAACGAGUUCGCAUACAGCGCGAAGCGCUUGAAAAGCCCAUAGAGGAAGAAAUACGAUGGCGAGAGUUUGAUAGAAAAACGAUGGAGUGGUGGAGAAACGAAUGCGAUGAUGAAGAAGAAGGAUUUGAAGUCCAGGGGGGCACAAAAAGAAGCAAGGAUCUUCCAGAUUUUACUUACACGGGGAAGCUGCGCCCAUCUCGCGUUACCGCGACAUCUGCAAUCCCAGUUGGGUUGCAGCCUCCCGAUUAUGCGCAAACUUCUUGGCCGGAAGAAGAACAAUCGUCGCGAUUACAAACGACAGUUGAAGUCAAAACGACCGAACAAAUUAUGAAAAUGAAACGCGCGUGCUCGUUGGCACGUUUUGUUCUCGAUACGGUCGCCUCGCAUUUGCGCGUUGGAGUUGAAACGGAUGAACUCGAUCGAAUAUGUCACACGGUGUGCCUUCAAAACGGCGCUUAUCCGAGUCCACUGAAUUACAUGGGUUUUCCAAAAUCCAUAUGCACGAGCAUAAACGAAGUCGUGUGUCAUGGCAUUCCAGAUAGAAGAAAACUAGAACCGGGGGAUUUAAUCAAUUUAGACGUCACCGUGUGCUUGAAUGGUUAUCACGGAGACCUCUCGGAGACGUUCAUCGUCGGAUGCGCGAAGACUAAAGAUAGAGCGAAAUUGGAGGAAAACAAACGAUUGUUGGGCGCUACGCUAAGUGCGCUCGAAAAAGCCAUCGAUUCGUGUCGUCCAGGGAAGCGGUUUCGAACCAUAGGUGAGCUCGUUCAGAAUGAAGCCGUUGAAAGCGAAAAAUGGACGAGCGUGAAGCACUAUUGCGGCCAUGGUAUUGGGAAGUUGUUUCACUGUGCGCCGACGAUUCCUCAUUAUGCGCCGAACAAGGCGGUCGGUUUUAUGAAGCGCGGUCAAACGUUCACUAUAGAACCAAUGUUUUGUGCAGGUACUCGAACUGCUAAGCAUUGGAAAGACGGGUGGACAGCAGUCACUUCGGACGGGAAGAACUCGGCGCAGUACGAGCACACGAUAUUAAUACUCGACGACGGCCCAGAAGUACUGACAAAGAGGACGAGAAAAAGCGUCGAUUUCUUCAUAGACGAUUAG